CAUUCGGGAAAACAUGGCGGCGUCGAAGCCCUCAACAGACCCGAACACAAACGUCCCAGAUUAUGAAUACACUGAUGUUAACACUCACAUAUUUCAUAUCGGCACUUUCAGAAACGAGUGGCUGAACAGACUGAAGCCGAGUAACUACUCCUAUCAGCAGGAGGACGAGGACACGUUUGAUGCUAACUUUGCUAAAGAGAUGGGGAUCAGUGCGGAGACGAUGACUGACCUCAAGUCCAUCUGCAGUCUUGAUUCCCUCUGUUGCCAUCCUGAAGACGAGCAGCCCGAUACAGAAGUUGUUCCUCCAGACUCAACGCUGAGAACACUAGUACAAAGAAAAAAGAAACAAGAUCACAGAGCUUCUCUAAAAAUCAGCAAGAAUAGACACGACCUGUACGCGGAUGAACUGGAGCGCUUAACUGUCGGUAGGAAACCAGAAGCAGUGACUGACAUGGUCCCUGAAGGAGAAGUCAUUCUAACCAUUAACGUCUACUACCCCGCUGUUUAUGAGAAAUUUAUCUACAGCAGACCCCACAUAACUCUGCUGAUGACGGGCUCCCACAGCUUGGCAGAGCUCAGGGAUGCCAUCUGCUGUGUCAGCGACUUGCAAGUGUGCGGAGAGUUCAGCAACACGCCGGACAUUGCUCCAGACUUCAUCAGCAAAGAUCAUUACAAGUCCGCUUUCUUUUUCUUCGAAGGAGUUUUCUAUAACGACAUGCGAUACCCCGAGUGUCAGGACAUCAGCAUGACUACCAUUGAAUGGGCAAAGGCCCACAAGUUCCCCCCCUACAGCCAGGCCAAGAUGGAGGACACACGAUUCAUGGAUCUGAAAGUGAAAGUGGGCUUCCCGUACCUCUACUGUCAUCAGGGAGACUGCGAGCAUCUCGUCAUUAUCACAGACGUCAGACUGUCCCAUAAAGUGGACUGCCUGGACAAGAAGCUGUAUCCACUUCUCACACACAAGCACAGGGUCAUCACCCAGAAGUGUGCCGUCUGCCAUGUCUUCAUUGGAAGAUGGUUUACUACCAACGACCAGUUUGCUCCGAGUGACCCGUGUCUCUUCUGUGACAAGUGCUUCCGGAUGCUGCACUACGACACGCAAGGCAACAAGCUGGGAAACUUCCUGGCCUAUCCCUUUGUGGACCCUGGUGCAUUUAACUAAUGCUUUUCUUUAGAUCAGAUCACUGAUUCACUGCUGCAUAAUACAAUUCAAUGUUUCAUAGUUCAGAGAGAAAUGUUUUGAUAUUUGGGAAAUGUAUAAUGUUUAAAAAGAAACUGUUUUGGACAAUAAUUAUUUGAUUUUACAGAUGUUGUUUGAAAUAAACGGUAACAUUUACUGGAAAAUGUG